CGGAAUCUUUCUCUAAGACUUCGUCCAUGUAAAACAGGUUUCCUUCUCAUACCACCAUGUCCCAGUCCAUUUUAGCUUCAAAUCAAAGCCAUAACAUACCUUUAUUCAGUAUCUCUCAAGCAGUCUCCAAUUUACAAUCUACUGCGAAUUCCUUUCACGCCUCAGACAAUGCACAUGCUUCAACAUCAGGGACCGCGUUUAGAGCCCCUGCCCACAAGCAUGCUCAUCAUCUUCAUUCAAUACCCCCUAGAGAAAAGAGUACUAGAACACUUAUUAUUGAUCAUAUGCUUUGGGUUCACGGAAGGACUCGAUUUGCACAGGCAAGAGCUGAGUUGGGCAUGACGGAUCGUACUGGUGGUCCUUCUUCAUCCAAUUAUCAGCAUCGGUAUCGACCGGAGAAUUACGAGGAAGAAGACGAGAUUGCCAGCGACGGAGAGGAUGUUGAAGUGCUGAAGGCUCGGAGCUCACCUCACGACGAAGAUGAAGAGACUAGACUCAGGAGACAGGAUCUACCGUUAGCUAGGAAUCUACGGUUGCGUGCCGAAGGACUAGAGAAGGUCGUAACAUCUAUGCUCGUCCAGUUACCACCAGUCAACCCAAUAAUCGAUGAUGACCUCGACGAUCCUCCUACAUCCCCCAACGCAGUGUCAAGUGCUUCAAGCUCUCGACCGCAGCACCAGCAUACCCUCCCCAACGGGGUUCGAUUGAGACUUGCAUUAGCUACGGUCAUAAAUGAUCUAUUUUCCCGGCAAACACCCCCGCAGCCUUAUAGACAUAAAGCAAGUUCCCCGUCCACCAGUCGUGAAACACCCAACGAGGAAACCACAUCCGAGGAAGCUGGACCUUCAUCGUCUUUCCUUCCUCCUGCUCUCUCCUUGUUAUCUCCUGUAUCAGCAUAUUCACGUUCGCAUCCGCAUCAUGAUUUCUCCCUUGCCAGGGAUUAUGUUCAGUCACAACACACCCCUUCCUCCUCUCGUACGGAGCGUCCUUCGAAGCCAAACGCUCGAGUACGAGCAUUUUACCAAUCGGGCGCUGAUCCCGACACAGCCAACUCGCCGCCUGGCUUACGCUGUCCUAGACACCUUCACACCAGCUGCGAGAUCUGCGUAGAAGCUAAAUCUAAUCUGCGUCCACUUUCGGUCAGUGGACAUAAACAACCGAACCCGGGUUCAAUGGGUCCACCCGGUACGAGUUUCGUCAACGGAACUGGUUCGACAUGGAAUUCAUGGAAAGGUACACCGAUCGGAAUUGCACCGGAUGGAGGAGGGGUAUCUGGAUGGCAAGAUGGUGGCGGGAUCGGGUCUGGGUUGUUGAAGCCGGGAAUUCACGGAACUGUGUUGAGGAGAAAGUCUAGGGAUGGUGGCAUUCCCAAUGAAGGCAACAGUUCAAAUGGAAGAGGGAUUACGAAGCUGUCGGAGUUGAUACCGAGGUUUUUGAGGUUGUCUGCAUUGGUAGCUGCGGAGCUUGGGAGGGAAGUGAGAGAAGCGAGAGAGGUCGAGGGUGCGUUGGUUGAUUCGGGGGAGUCGAGUGAUUCAGAAGAUGAAGGGGACGGAGGUGGUGGCGAUGGAGAAGGUGGGGUUGACGGUGCGACCAGUGACGCACGUGCGGAGGGUUCACGUUCGGCAUCGCGUGCUCAACUGCAUAAUCGAUCUUAUCUUCACGCCUUACGGCCAUCGAGGGAGUGGUAUCUGCUACUCGCGGGACUACUCACACGUGCUGCAUUGCAGGGUUACUUGAGUGCCGGAUGGAGGGGGACAGAUGCUGUGGAAUGUUUGAUGACUAUAGGCCUGGGAAUACGGCCAGAUACUGGUGUGGAAGACCCGGAUGCGGAGUGGGAGGGGUUUGAACCCGACGAGCUGCCGAACUUGAUUGAUUCUGUCAGGAUGUUGUUUCCUACCGGGAUGUCGAAAACGCAUGCAGCGGAGGAAUAUGAAGCCGAGAUGAAUGAGAGGUUACGGAAGUUCAUCGACAUUCCGCUUUCAACACCCGAUCUAUCGACACACAUGGAAGACCUGGCGUGGCAGUAUCCUGCUGAGGCUAUAGAACGAGCCGCUGUCAGAUUCUGUGAAGCAAUGGCCAAAUGGCGUGGAACGCCCGAAUUGGAAACGGUAAGCAUCCAGGAAUUUUCCGUUUACAUCUGUUCAUACCUCCUUCGUUAUUCACGGGAAGUACAAAAAGAAGCCAUCGAACAGAAAACCACCUGAACCAACCUCUGAUGAACUUACCAUGACUAUCGAAUCCCUUGUGCAUUCAAACCCUUCUUCCCCGUCUGGACCACAUCUGGUACAAAGGACACAUCACCACAAACGGAAGCCGAUAAUCGAGCUUUACUUCCUGCAACCGACAGAUGCAAACCAUCACUUGAGCUCGCCAUUACAACCUCCGUCAACCGGGUAUCCCCAGCCCCCACCUCAAUUCCUUUCCCCCAGUAGUGUUGACCAUACUUCCUCUGUCCCGACCAGCAUACAAUCGCUGCAGAAUAUACCUUCGGGGAUGACGCCAGCCAUGUUAAUGGGCACCAGGCCCUCAACGUGGGAUUGGACUGAGAGUUCUAGUACCCGUGGGAGCACCAAAAGACCGCACGUUGAGGAGGAUUUAGGGAAUUCUUCCAAGAGGUACCGUGGGUCGUGAAACUCGGAGGUUUAUUCGUCUUCGUUCGUUGUUCCCUCCAGCCCCUACGUUGUCGUUUAUUCGUUCUUGUUGUCGCUGUUCUUGUCAUGUUUUUGCGUUUCAAUGUUUCCGGACGUUGGUUAUUGGAUUUAACUUCAAAAAUAAAAAUGUAUCAUAGCAUUCAUCCCACUCCAUCCAUCACCCUCUAUAUAUAUCGAUUACCAGUAGCCACGAAUUCUGACGAUUAUUCUUACUAGUUCACUUAUUUGUGUUAUUUUCUGCAUGAUGUAUCUUGUUGACCGUAUUUCGGGUAUAAUUUACCUCUGCUUGAGGCCUUUACUAGUA